GAGCACAUGACUCGCAAUGGCCGCGGCCGCCGCUCGUUAAGCCCCCCCCUUCCUCCUCUUUCUCCUCCUCCCUCUGUUAACCCCCCCUCCUCACCUUCCUCCUCCUUCUCUCUCCUCAGGCCGGGUUGUUUCCCACCCCCACCCCCCUCCAACCCCCCCCCCCUCCGUUUCCCGAUCCCCGCCGCCGCCGCCAUGCAACCGCCACCGGGAGCUUCCCGGUUUUAAGGAUCUCGGUGUGAAGUCGCCGUGUUCAGCGCUGCAGGAGCCAGCGUCGCCAGCCAGGACAGCCGCUGGGCAGCGGGGAGCCCGCGGGCCCCAUGCUCUGCUCGGCGCCCGCGCCCCACACCUGAGAGCCCCCCCUCCCCACACCGGAGAGGCCCCCACCAUGGCCAGCAACAGCAGCUCCUGCCCCACGCCUGGAGGCGGGCACCUCAAUGGCUACCCUGUGCCCCCCUACGCCUUUUUCUUCCCCCACAUGCUGGGGGGGCUCUCACCGCCCAGCACACUGGCUGGCAUCCAGCACCAGCUGCCCGUCAGCGGAUACAGCACCCCCUCACCUGCCACCGUCGAGACGCAGAGCACCAGCUCGGAGGAGAUCGUGCCCAGCCCGCCCUCGCCCCCGCCCCUGCCCCGCAUCUACAAGCCCUGCUUCGUGUGCCAGGACAAGUCCUCGGGGUACCACUACGGGGUCAGCGCCUGCGAGGGCUGCAAGGGCUUCUUCCGCCGCAGCAUCCAGAAGAACAUGGUGUACACGUGCCACCGGGACAAGAACUGCAUCAUCAACAAGGUGACCCGCAACCGGUGCCAGUACUGCCGCCUCCAGAAGUGCUUCGAAGUUGGCAUGUCCAAGGAGUCCGUCCGCAAUGACCGGAACAAGAAGAAGAAAGAUGUGCCCAAGCCAGAGUGCUCGGAGAGCUACAUCAUCACCCCCGAGGUGGAGGAGCUGAUCGAGAAGGUGCGCAAAGCCCACCAGGAGACCUUCCCUGCCCUCUGCCAGCUCGGCAAAUACACUACGAACAACAGCUCGGAGCAGAGAGUGUCCCUGGACAUCGACCUGUGGGACAAGUUCAGCGAGCUCUCCACCAAGUGCAUCAUCAAGACGGUGGAGUUCGCCAAGCAGCUGCCAGGCUUCACCACGCUCACCAUCGCCGACCAGAUCACGCUGCUCAAAGCCGCCUGCCUCGACAUCCUGAUCCUGCGGAUCUGUACCCGCUACACGCCGGAGCAGGACACGAUGACCUUCUCGGAUGGGCUGACGCUGAACCGCACCCAGAUGCACAACGCAGGCUUCGGGCCCCUCACCGACCUGGUGUUCGCCUUCGCCAACCAGCUGCUGCCCCUGGAGAUGGACGACGCCGAGACCGGGCUGCUCAGUGCCAUCUGCCUCAUCUGCGGAGACCGGCAGGACCUGGAGCAGCCUGACAGAGUGGACAAGCUGCAGGAGCCGCUGCUGGAGGCGCUGAAGAUCUACGUGAGGAAGAGGAGGCCCAACAAGCCCCACAUGUUCCCCAAGAUGCUCAUGAAGAUCACAGAUCUCCGCAGCAUCAGCGCCAAGGGCGCCGAGCGGGUGAUCACGCUGAAGAUGGAGAUCCCGGGCUCGAUGCCACCUCUCAUCCAGGAGAUGCUGGAGAACUCGGAGGGCAUGGACACGCUGGGGGGACAGCCAGGUGGUCCCCGUGCCAGCAGCCUGGGGCCCCCUCCGGGCAGCUGCAGCCCAAGCCUCUCGCCCAGCUCCAACCGCAGCAGCCCUGCCACGCACUCGCCGUGACCCGCGCCCGGCGUGCACCAGGACAGAGCCCUGCAGGCUGGCACCUGGCGGAGGGGUGAGGGGCGUGGAGCUACCCACGCCUCGCCCUGGCUGCAGCCCCCUCCCGCGGAGAGAGGGGGGCGGACUCUUUGCAGCCCUUCGCUGGCGUAACCCCAGGACUCCUCCCAGGCCGGAGCGGACCCCAUGGGGAGCCUCCAGCCCCCAGCCCCGGACGGAGGCCGUCGGUUGAGUCACAUUUCAGGGGUGUGGGGGCCCCUCGGCUGCCCCCCCCAGCCCCACCAGCACCAGCACACACACGGGACCGCCACCACCGAGCCACCUCCACCUCCCCGUCCCCUCCCCCCGUGCCCCAUCCCGGCUGCCCGGUGUGGAGGGGGAGGUGUAGGGGUGGGGGGGAGCGACACGACCCGGCCAGCCCCCUGCCCGCCGAGGGAGCAGAGUCAUUUAAAGAGAGAAGAAAGCAAAGUUAUAUAUAUAUAAAUAUCUAUAAAUAUCUAUAAAUACCUUUUAAAACCUUUGUAAAA